ACUGUCAUUUCCCAAAGAGUCAAAUUGCGAACCUACAACUUCAAUCACAGUGAAGCUCUACCUGAAAAACCCUCAAAAAUGUUCGAAAACUUCUUCGCCAAGCUCACUAGCCUUGUCCCGCGUGUGAACGCCGACGAUGACGAGCUAGUAGACCCACAAGUCACACUCAAGGAGCAAUGCAUGGACGAUCACCACGUCAAACCACUGCUGGAGAAGUACGAGGCGUGCAAUGAACGCGUGCGCUCCCGAAGCCAGACCACCGAGACCUGUGUUGAGGAAUUAUUCGAUAUGCUACAUGCUGUGGACCACUGUGUCACACCAAAACUGUUCCCUAAACUUAAGUAGACCACAAAUUCAUUUAAAAGAAAAAAAUAUGUAAAAAGCAAGUCAUGAUGUGUAGAUGGAAAUAAACUUAGUGAAAUUAC